CACUGCGUAAAAUAUUAUUAAAAAAAAAUUCUAAUAAGCAAAGCAAACCUAAUAAGGAAAAAUGAUAUUGACCCAUUUGAGGCUUCUUCAUCCCAAUGCAGGAAAAUAUUUUAUUGUUAAACUAAAUAUUUGGGAGAAUGCUAGAAUGCAUAAUAAACCUUUGGAAAUCAUUACUAGUCAGGAGGAUUCUAAAGAGCAACCGUCCGGUUUAAUUACCCCUGCUGAAACUGAAUGCGAUAUAUUUACUAGUCCACGAGUAGUUCCUAUGGUGUUAAAUAAUAGAGAUUCGAUAGUUCUGCCAUUUGACGAAGUCCCUGGACCGAAGUCGUUGAAGUAUUUGUCCACCUUACGGAAAUAUUUGACGGAAAUCGGUACCCAAAUUACUGUUGGUUUUCUAACGUUCGGACUUAAUAUUGGCUCUUUAAUAAACAAGAGGAAAUCCAUUCGUAAAAUAUCGACAUUAUUCGAUGAAUUCGGUCCAGUGGUUCGUUACGUAAACCCAGUAGGCACUGACAUUGUAUUGGUCAAUCAUCCUAAUCACAUCCAGAAAGUGUUUAGCCUCGAAGGAGAACACCCUGUGAGGUCCACGCUCGAGUCGCUCGAAAACUUUCGUACUGAACAUAAAAACCGACUUUACGGAGGGAUUUAUACUAACCAAGGUCAAGAGUGGGCACGCCAAAGAUCUGCUGUACACACUCCAGCAAAUAAUUUGAUAACACAGCAUGCGCAAGGAAUGUACGAAAUUUGUGAAAAAUUCGCAAUAAAAGUGUAUAACAUUAGAAACUACCAGGAUGAGAUAUCUAAAGACUUGUACAAAGAGCUGCAUAAAUGGGCAUUUGAUAGCCUCGGUCUCAUAAUGUUCUCUAAGAACUUUUCGAUGUUAGACACUGACUUGGUGUACAGUCAAUGCGACUCGUCGUGGAUGUACCAUAGCCUGGAGCACGCAACUGAAGCGAUCGUAAAGUGCGAGACGGGCAUGCAUUUCUGGAAGUUCUUUACUACGCCCGCCUGGUACAUUCUAGUGAAAUACUGCGACAGUUUGGACAGUUUAAUUGGUAAAAAAGUUUUAGAAAUUGAACUUGAACUCACAAUGAAGACACAAAAUAACGACAAGCCGUCUUUGGAUUCUUUGACAAGUGCAAUGUUACUUCACGAAGAUAAGUUAACAAUCGAAGACAUAACAACUAUGUUAAUGGACAUGAUGCUUAUUGGAGUGAAUACGAUUACCACAUCCAUGGCUUUUUUAUUAUACAACAUAGCGAAACAUCAAAAAAUUCAACGUACCCUUUACAACGAAGUCGAAUGUAUACACCCUAGUUCAACAGUACAUGGUAUUGAAAAAUUGCGAGAAAGCACUCCUUAUCUACAAGCAUGUAUCAAAGAAACCCUAAGGCUUACCCCACCUAUACCAAUGCUGUCCCGGGUUCUACCAAAAAAUAUCACACUAGACAAAUACAAUAUCCCUAGAGGGACAUUGAUUUUAAUGUCAACACAACACGCUUCGCUAAAGGAAAGUAACUUUGAAGAUGCUACAAAGUUCCACCCCGAACGAUGGCUCAAACCGGACGCUGAGGAUUACCACGCAUUUGCAUCCAUACCGUUCGGGCACGGUGCGCGGAAAUGCUUGGGACAGAACAUGGCUGAAACUAUGAUGUCACUAUUAGCUAUAAGGGUUCUCCAAAAAUAUAAACUGGAAUAUCACUAUGGCGACGUGAAUCCUACAAGGAGUUUUAUUGCAAGACCGGAUAGACCAAUCAAAAUAAGGUUCAUUGACCAAAUAUAAUUAAGGUUUGUUUUAUUAUCUUUUAUAGGAAAUAAAAACAAAUUACUA